UUGAAGGCAAACACUUAACUGUUUUCAACCCACUACCCCACUUCGUUUGGCUUGAUUUUUGUGUUAUAAUGAUGCUAUAUAUGUAAGCGCCUUAAAAAAAUCCUGGGGAAAGGCUCAGUGAGCGAAGUAAAUCAUAACAUACUGUCAUAACAUACUGUCCACUAUAUUAACAUAAAUUUUAAAAAAUAGAAAAAGAGAAUUUUCCCAGGUGAAUCACACAUGUAGUGAUGAUGGCCAGUCCUUGUUUUGUGCAGCAACUAUGUCUGAACUGGGUGAUCUCAACCUAAAUCUGGAAAUAAUCUCUUAUUUUUGGAGGCAGCCCCCAUUUUGCCAUUUCACGGCUGCUAGGAAGUCUCUCCACCCCGACCAUGUAUUCAUACUCGGUAUGUACAAAUCACUCAUGGAAAGUGAGAUCUCAUUCAACACAACUGUGCCCCAUAAAUGUAGAUGCAAUUCCUGUCAAAGAUCCAAUUUCUUGUUGCCCGACGCUCAUUGGUCAAUUUACUUCUCUGCAACCUACAGAACAGUUAACCCAUAUAACAGCCAGCCUUCAGUUGCUCGAGACUGCUCGUUGAACGCUGGUUGGAGUUGAUACAAUGGCGCUGCUACACGGAAACGACUACUAUGACAAGUUCGCAGUCGACAUUUACUUGAAGGAUUUUUGGGGACCUCUUGACGAUCAGUACAUAUUUUUAAUAUCCAAUACAUACACCUUCCUCAACGAUAAAAGAGUGACAGGACAUCGACUCCUUGACUUUGGUUGCGGUCCAUCUCUAUGCGGGGUGAUCACUACGCCAGAACGAUUCACGGACAUUGUCAUGGCUGAUCUUUCACCGUCCAAUCUUGAUAAUAUUAGUCGCUGGAUGGACGGAGAAAAGAUAAACUUCAACUGGGAUCAUAUUUUCAAGUUUACAGCAGAGUUAGCUGGUGCUAAAGAUGUGUCAGAAUGGACUGAAAGAAAGAUAGGUCACCUGAAGAGAUCCGUGAAGAAACUUGUCACUUGUGACGUCACAAAGGAACUGCCAUUAGGACCAGACUACGUUGAGGCGUUCGAUGUCGUAUUUACCAGUUUCUGUUUUGGUUCUGCUGCAAAAAGUGUCGCUGAAUACAAACAGUUCCCGAAAAAUGUUUCCUCCCUUCUUCCGUCUGGUGGCUAUCUUAUCAUGCGCGGUGCAUUGAACCAAACUGCUUAUACAGUUGAUAACAAAAGGUUCCACCAUCUGAAAUUAUCGAUGUCUGAUGUAAUAGAUGCUUUAUGCAAUGCCCAGUUUGAGGUUCUGGAAUAUAAAUCUGAGAAUUUCACCAAGCCUCAAUGUGAGCCUCCAGAAUUCCCAGUCUUUGUUCUGUUGGCAAGAAAAGUUUAA